CUUACUCUUCCUCUCUACUCUGAAGAGGAAGCUGUGGUCUCCAGUGUCAGUUUCAGUCUGCAGCUGAUUUAACACCGAGGACGAACAGAUUCUAUAUUUUAUAUUUCAUCUAUCAUCUAUCAUCUGUCUCUGUAUCAUCCCUUUGUCCUCACCUCUUCCAUCCUCAGCUCCUCCGUCAUGGCCUCCACCUUCCUCAACCUCCUCCUCCUCGUCGUUGUCGGGAUGUUCAGCUCCGUCUGCUCUCUGCCACCUCGGAUCUCGUUCCUCCUCAACUCGACCCACCGACCUCUGGUCCACUUCAAACUCCCCGACGUCCACAACACCACCACGCUGCUGCUAAGCGACGAUAGCUCCACCCUGUACGUCGGGGCGCGAGACGCCAUCCUCUCAUUGGACGUGAGUCAGGUCGAUGCCGUCGUCCUGAAGAGGAAGGUGACGUGGCGUCCGACCGCCGGCGACAUGAAGGAGUGUGAGGACAAGGGCAAGAACCCCCAGGUCGACUGUCCGAACUUCGUCCGUGUGUUACAGUUCUUAAACUCCUCCCACCUUUACGCCUGUGGCAGUUUCUCCUUCAGUCCACGUGACGUCGUCAUCGACGCCGACAGCUUCUCCGUGGUCCAGCUCGACAAAGCCAGCGGCCGCUGCCCGUUCAGCCCCUUCCAGAGGAACACGGCCAUCGCCAUUGACGGCGAGCUGUUCACCGCCACCACCAGCGACUUCCGGGGAGUCAAACCGCAGAUUUCUCGACACUUCAGCAAACACGGUCCGGACGUGAGCCAGGACUCAUCCGUCAAUCUGCUGGACGAGCCAACAUUCGUCGGCUCGUCGUUGGACGCGGCCGAGAGGAAACUCUACUUCUUCUUCAACGAAGUCGGGAAAGAGUUCAGCUUCAUGGACGAGCUGCGGGUCGCACGAGUCGCCCAAGUCUGCAAGGACGACGUGGGCGGACAGAGGACGCUGCAGAAGAAGUGGACGUCCUUUGCCAAAGCACCUCUGCUCUGUCGGUCUCCCCGACAGCUUCCCUUCAACAUCUUGCAGGACGUGUUCUCCCUGCCACCACCGGAGGGCGGCGACGCCUCCGACACCUUGUUCUACGGUGUCUUCACCUCUCAGUGGUCCGUCGGUCAACAGUCGGCUGUCUGUGUCUUCACACUGCAGGACGUCAGGACGGCGUUCGCUGGACGCUACAGGACGCUCGAGAUGCAGACGCACCAGUGUAACCACGUGAUGGGAACACACCCCUUCCUUGGGAAGUGUGGCCUGGACGCAGCCUCGGACGCGGAGCUGUUCGAGGUGAAGAGGAGUUUUCUGAGCAGCACAGAAGUCAAACCUGCGACUGACGCUCCGCUGGUCGUCUCCUCCCAGCAUCAGUUCAGUCGCGUGGCGGCGAUGAGGACGAUGGCGGCUAACGGCAAAUGGUUCACCGUCCUCUUCCUCCUCACUGAGUCUGGAUUCGUGCACAAAGUGGUUCUACUGGAUCAGGGUCCGCGGGUCAUUGAGGAGAUUCAGGUCUUCACACAACCUCAGCUCGUCAAAAGCAUCGUCCUCUCCUCCACCAAGGGGGUGCUGUACAUCGGGAUGUCUGAGGGUGUGACCUCCGUCCCUGUGGCCGACUGCUCCGUGUACACGAGCUGCAGCCGGUGUGUCCUCGCCAGAGAUCCUCUGUGUGGGUGGAGCCUGAGCAGCAGCGCCUGCGUCCGACUGGACGAUCGACCUGAGCUCCUAGCUCAAGACGUAGAGAACGGCAACGUGGAAAAGGAAUGUCCUCCUCAAACCAGUAUCAGUGUGGACACAGUUCACGUCGAACUGAACGACGUGGUCCGUCUUCGGUGUGUGAAACCGUCCAACAUGGCCACUCUGACCUGGACGUCGCCUCAGUUCAAGGACCUGCCGGAGAAACUCUUCAUCCAAUCAGCUGACGGCAGUCUCCUCUUCCACGCCGCCGCCGCCACCUUCGGGUCAUACCACUGCGAGGCCGAGGAAAGCGGCUACAGCGAGGUGGUCGCGAGCUUCACCGUCCAGCCGCCGGCUUCCCCGCGCUCCACGAGCUCACACGACGAUGACCGCCACGUGUCCGGCGGCGAAUACGAGGAGAUUGUCUCUGAGGAACCGCAGACAACAAAGACACGACCUUCAGGAGGCCCAGAGGGCGAAGGUCAGAAAAACGAGACCUCCUCUACCAACCCACGUCCGGGUUCCGAACCCCGCGUCCAGGGCGACGGCUCAAACGUCACGGUGACGUCCAUUGGAGACGCCUGGUCGUCGUCGUCGGAGGAGGAGCCGCUCAACGCCCCUGGUGGAGAGAAGAGUUACUACGACGAGCUGGUGGUCGUCUCGCUGCUGCUGGGGCUCUGCGUCUGCGUCCUGGCGCUCGGCUGCGCCCUCGUGUGGCGGCGGAAGAACGUGGGCCUCAGGCAGAAGCGGCUGCUCGGUGCAGAUUCCGGUCCGGAGCUGAAGGUGGAAGAGUGAUGGAGACGGAAUCAUCUUUCAUGUCACCAGAUGUUUUUCAUUUCAUGAAAUCUUAUUGUGAAGUUUUUAUAAGAUUUUUUCCAGAAGUGUUUGUGACGAGAAGCUUUUUCAUGAUGACGUGAAACAUGUCUCAGAUUGAGUAAAAAGAUUUUGUAAAAACUAUACAAUGUUUAUUUUUUAGAUUUGUGUUUUUUCUCUGAUGUUGUGGUUUUUUUUUUACAACGUGAUGUUUAAACUUAUUAGACUUUGAUAAAUGAUCAGUUUUAAAAUCAGGAAGAGUAUGAAUGUUGAAUCGAUGAACAUUUAUUUAUGGUUCAAUCUAUCAAUAUGUCAGUAAUUAUCAAUAAUCUGAAAUCUGCUAAACAUCAUAAAUUAGUGAUAAUGUAUUAAUCAUUUUUUUAAAGGAAAUCUGUUUAGUUGUCCUGACGGACGCUGUCACAACUACAACAAAUGAAUAUUGAACUGAUUCUGUCCUGAUCUAUUGAUGUAUUGAUGUAUUGAUUUAUUGAUCUCAACAUGUGAACUGUGAUGUUUUAUUGAUGAGGAUGAUGAUGAUGAUCGAUCUUUCACUUAUCAGUUUUGCUCUUGUAGAGUAUCGAUUAUGUAUUGAUCUGUAUUGACAUUAUGACUUUGAUCAAAUAUUAAAUCUGCAACUUUC